AUGGUUGCCAUCAAGCGCGCCCAGGAGACCGGGGCCGCGGACCCCAUCCUGACCCGCAUCUCGGAGGAGGACAAGGUGCCGUGGUACCGGAAGCCGAACCUGCGAUACCUCUACCUGAUGCUCUUCCCGACGUGCAUGGGCAUCGAGCUGACGUCCGGCUUCGACUCGCAAAUGAUCAAUGCGCUGCAGAUCGUCGAGCCCUGGAAGGAUUAUUUCGGGAACCCGGAGGGUAGUUUGAAGGGCAUCAUCGCGGCUGCGUACUCGCUGGGAGCGAUCCUGUCGCUUCCCUUUAUCCCUAUCGUCAACGACAAGUUUGGAAGGCGAUGGUCCAUCUUUGGCGGGAGCUGCAUCAUGAUCCUGGGAGCUCUGAUCCAAGGAUUCUCACAACAUGUCGGCAUGUACAUUGUCGCCCGCAUGAUUCUCGGCUUUGGUAUCCCGACCUGUAUCGUCUCUGGCUCAUCUUUGAUCGGUGAACUUGGAUACCCCAAGGAACGUCCAGUUCUCACCUCUCUCUUCAACGUUGCCUACUUUGUUGGACAAAUCACCGCGGCGGCCAUCUGCUUCGGCACCAACAACAUCGCUAGCAACUGGUCGUGGCGCAUCCCGUCUCUGCUCCAGAUCUGCCCUUCUCUCCUGCAAAUCAGCUUUGUCUUCUUCCUCCCCGAGAGCCCCAGAUGGCUCAUCACCCAGGACCGCACCGAGGAGGCCAACGCGAUCCUCGUCAAGUACCACGCCGAGGGCGACCCCAACUCCGAGUUUGUCAAGGCCGAGAUCGCCCAGAUGAAGACCGUCAUCACCCUCGAGAUGGAGGCCUCCAAGCAGUCCUGGAUGGACCUCCUCCGCACCGCCGGCAUGCGCCGCCGCUGCCUCAUCACCUCGAUGCUCGGCCUUUUCACUCAAUGGAGUGGAAACACUCUCAUUUCAUACUACCUAGGCGACCUCCUCGGCAUGAUCGGCAUGAACGACUCCCUCACCAAGCAGAAGAUCAACGUCGGCAUCGCCUGCUGGUCCCUCGUCUGCGGCGUCACCGUCGCGCUGCUCGUGCGCCGCUUCCGCCGCCGCGUCAUGUACCUCGCCUGCACCAUCUCGCUGCUGCUCUGCUACAUCUCGUGGACCAUCUCCAUGGAGCGCGCCGUGCACGCCCUCGACAACGACUACAAGAACCAGUCCGCCUCCAUCGCGACCAUCUUCUUCAUCUUCAUGUACUCGCCCUGCUACAACAUCGGCUACAACGCGCUCACGUACACCUACCUCGUCGAGCUGUGGCCGUACGCGCUGCGCUCGCGCGGCAUCUCCUUCUUCCAGCUCUUCGGCCGCAUGGCCGGCUUCUUCACCACCUUUGUCAACCCCAUCGGCAUCAAGAACGCGAGCUGGCGGUACCUCAUCAGCUACUGCUGCUGGCUCGCGUUCGAGGUCGUGUUUGUGUACUUCAUGUUCCCCGAGACGGCGGGACGCACGCUCGAGGAGCUGGCUUUCUUGUUUGAGGACAAGGCUCUUGCUGAGCAGGCCAAUGGCGCCGUUGAGAAGGUUAUUCACCACGAGGACAUGGAGCCGAUUGGUGAGCGUAAGACGGCGACUGGUCAGGCUGAGGCUGUGGAGGAUGUCACAAACAAGUCUAGGGUCUAA